AUGCUCUUUCUAAUUCAACUAUUAGUUAUUACAACACAAAGGGUAUGAUAAUAUAUACCAUGUUAACAUUAUCUUAUUAAAGGACCGGGUUCAUAGGAUUUAGAAAUAUUUUACUGGACUUUUUUUAAAUUAGAUAUAAGAUACCAACUAUAUCUUGACACAUAUUCUCAUAUUUUCUUUAUUUUUAUUAUCUUUUUGUAGAUAGCUGGACUUAUUAUGUGUUUAUGCUUUAAAUAUGACAGGAAUGAGUCUCUAUUGAUCAAGCAAAUUGUCAAAGACAUUUUGAAUAAAUUGUUAUCUACAUCCAGUAGUGAUAUCGAGAAUCUAGUUGGAAUAGAUGCUCGCAUACAAGAAAUGAAAACCUUAUUAUGUUUGGCGUCAGAUGAUGUUCGAAUGGUAGGAAUAUGGGGCAUGGGUGGAAUAGGGAAAACAACCCUUGUGAGAGCUGUUUAUAGUCGAAUCUCCUAUCAGUUUGAAGGUUGCUCCUUUCUUGAAAAUGUUGCAGAGGAUUUAAAAAAGAAGGGCUUAAUUGGGUUGCAAGAGAAACUUCUUUCUCAUCUAUUAGAGGAAGAAAAUCUAAAUAUGAAAGAACUCACAUCUAUAAAGGCAAGGCUCCACUCAAAAAAGGUCCUUAUUGUUCUCGAUAACGUGAAUGAUCCAACAAUAUUGGAAUGCUUAAUUGGAAAUCAGGAUUGGUUUGGUCGAGGAAGUACAAUUAUUAUAACGACUAGGGAUAAACGUUUAUUACUUUCACAUAAAAUCAAUCUUUAUAAGGUUCAUAAAUUCAAUGAUGAUGAAGCUCUUGAGUUCCUUGCACGUUAUUCAUUAAAACAUGAACUCCUUCGAGAAGAUUUCCUAGAGCUUUCAAGAGUUGUAAUAUGUUAUGCUCAAGGCCUUCCAUUGGCUCUUACGGUUUUGGGUUCUUUUUUAUUUAGCAUGAGCAAAGAAGAAUGGAGAGAUCAAUUAGACAAACUAAAAAGUAUUCCUAAUAUGAAAAUUCAUGAAGUUCUGAAAAUAAGUUAUGAUGGGCUAGAUUUUGAGGAGAAGAAUAUAUUUUUGGAUAUUGCAUGUUUCCUUAAAGGAGAGGAUAAAAAUUACGUUAAGGAAAUACUAGACUAUUGUGGCUUCUUCUCAGUUAGUGGUAUACGAGCUCUCGCUGAUAAAUCACUCAUAAGUUUUUUUCACAAUAGGAUAAUGAUGCAUGACUUAAUACAAGAAAUGGGUAUGGAAAUUGUUCGCCAAGAAUCUCAUAAUCCUGGCCAGCGUAGUAGAUUGUGGCUCCAUAAAGAUAUCAACGAUGCAUUGAAAAAAAACACGGUAAGAGCAAAAAAAUGAAAUUUAUUUUAUGCAACACAAGUUAAGAUUUGAAAUUAUUUUGGCUUGAGUAGUCAUAUGCGAAUAAAAUUGUAGCAGACAUAUAUUUAUUUACUAUGCAUGCUUUUAACUUAGUCUCCUUCUUGGUAUGCAGGAAAAUGGAAAAAUUGAAGGCAUAUUCCUCGACUUGUCUCAUUCACAAGAGAUAAUAGACUUUAGCACUCAAGCCUUCCCAAGGAUGUAUAAACUAAGAUUGCUCAAAGUCUAUGAAUCUAACAAAAUUUCAAGAAACUUUGGAGAUACCUUAAAUAAGGAGAAUUGUAAAGUGCAUU